AUGUCAGAUAAAGAAACUAAAGCUCAAGAGCAAGAAGCCUUGACUUCUGGAGUAACUCCAAGUCGGUCCAAAGAUGAAGAGUUAGGAGGUGUUGGAAUAGAAGAGGAUGAAAAAUACUUUGAAGACUCGACUUCGCUGGAGUUUGAUAUGGUGGAUUUAGAAGCCAAUGAUGAGAUUUUACAUGCUAAGAUGAAGUUGAUUAAUGAUGCUAUUGAUGAGAUUGGUUUCACUCCAUACCAUUUGAAAUUGUUUUUUUUGAAUGGUAUGGGAUACUGGACUGAUAAUCAGUUGAAUUUCUUGGAGAGUACUGUGCGUCAAUUUAUUAAUUAUCAAUUCGGAUACAAGUUCCCUGUCACUGCUGAAACUUAUGCUGGUGGUAUGAUUUUAGGAGCUUUGGUUUGGGGAUUUGGUGCUGAUUUGAUUGGUAGGAAAUUGGCUUUUAACUUGUCGCUUUUGUUGAGUGCCAUUUUUGCUAUUAUGGCAGGGAUGAUGGGUAAUAUGGCUAGUUAUGCUUUGUUUGUUUUGUUGUCAGCUUUUGCUGCUGGUGGUAAUUUGGUUUUGGAUACUUGUGUGUUUCUUGAAUUUUUACCUCACAAAGAUCAAUGGUUAUUAACUUUUUUUGCCUUAUUUUGGGGGAUUGGACAGACAAUAGCCACUGCUUUAGGGUAUGCCUUUUUACCCAACAAUACUUGUGAUUCCGAGGAUUAUUGUCCAAGUCAUAUCAAUCGUGGAUGGAGAUAUGUUUGGUAUACUAAUGGAUCUAUUGUUUUGGCAAUGGCUAUUUUACGUGUUACUGUGAUUAGAUUGAAAGAGACUCCCAAAUUUCUUGUGGCUAAUAAUCGUGAUGCUGAGGCAGUGGCUGUAUUGCAACAUAUUGCUACAAAAUAUAACCGUCCUUGCUCAUUAACUUUGGAACAAUUGUUGGAAUGUGGUGAAAUCAAGAGUAAUGCAGAUUAUAGAAACCAUUUCAAUCUCAAGGGAACACUUUCACUCAUGUUCAAACAUUUAAAAAUACUUUUCGCUACAUCCAAAGCAAUAAGAUCCACCAUAUUACUUUUUAUUUCGUGGGCUUUCCUUGGUAUUUCAUACCCUCUUUAUUCAUCCUUUUUACCACAAUAUUUAGCUACUAGAGGUGCCAAUAUCUCAGCCUCAACUACUGGAGGAGUCUAUCGUGAUAAUCUUAUUGCUAAUGCAUGUUCAGUUGGUGGACCAAUUAUAGCUGGUCUCAUGUUGAAAUUCAUUCCUAAACUUGGUAGAAGAGGAGUCAUGUUUAUUGGAGGUAUCGCCACCAUGGCACUCUUGUUUGGUUAUACACAAGUUAGAACUAGAUCGCAAAAUGUUGGAUUUACUUCAAGUGUCUAUGUUGCUUUGUAUAUUUACUAUGGUGUUAUCUUUGCAUAUACGCCCGAGGUUAUGCCCAGUGCAGCUAGAGCAACAGGUAACUGUUUAUGUUUGUUCGCUACAAGAAUAUGUACUGCCAUGGUGCCCAUCAUUGCUUAUUAUUCGGAUACAUCUUCAGCAGUGCCAAUUUGGAUUUGUGGUGCUUUCGUCGGUGUCAUUGGUGUCAUUGCGUUGUUCUUACCAUUUGAACCAAGUAAGCAAAGAGUUGUUUAA